ACUGAUGCAGCUGCAGGACAGCCAAUGCUCAUCCAAUUCUAUGUCUCCAGUCAUGGCUAUGGUCAUACGACGAGAGUAGCUCAAGUAUGCAAAUCCCUCUUGGCUCUUGAUGCCCAGCUCGAAAUCAACAUUGUCACAAGGCAUCCUGCUCAACAGCUCUUCUUUCCCUCAGACAGGCUUACUUUCUAUGACCUGGAUGUUGAUUCAGGCAUUGUGCAGUCGAAUGCAUACACAAUAGAUCGUGAUGCAUCUUGGAGGGCUCUGGAUGCAUUCGUACAAUCUGCUGCUGGCUCUGGAUCUCGUCGUCCUCACCUUGAGCAGCUUGCAAAGAGCAGCCCUGAUCUGAUUAUCAGCGAUGCAGUUUGUCCCUUUCCAUGGGAGGAUUACCGUGACAAGCCAAAGGUCUUGCUUUCCAAUUUCAGCUUUGACGGCAUCUUUCAAGGUCUGCUUGUCCAUGGCGAAACAGCUCGGUGUGAUCUCGUCGACCGCCUUAAAAAGACCUAUGCUCGAGGGAUUGAUCUGGUCCUCAGACUGCCAGGAUACAUCGACAUGCCCUUUGUGCAAGAAAAUGGUAUUGCUUGCCAAGAUGUGCCCCUUGUUUACCGCACUCCCUCAGGCAAGUCACGGAACGAGGUCUUGGACGAUCUCAUCAUUCCCGUGGAUGAGCGCAACAAGCAGAUCCUGUAUGUCCAGUUUGGAGGUCAUUUGAACGGUAAUUCAGAUCAUCUUCCACAACUUCCUGAAGACUGGAUCUGCUUGAGCAGUGUCGAUGCAUGGUCAACACUCGAGCACUUUUAUCAUGUUCCCUCCACGUACUACACGCCAGAUAUUGUCAAUGUUGCGAGCCUCGUGCUUGGCAAGCUUGGCUAUGGGACUGUGUCCGAGUGCGUUGGACUCGGGACCCCGCUGCUCAUGGUCGAAAGGGCCUUGUUUGCAGAGGAAGCUGGUCUCAAGUCUUUUAUGAAGCAGCAUGGCCAACUGGCUGAGAUGAGCGCAUUUGAUUACGAGGAAGGAAAGUGGUCCUUACCUAUCUCCAGGAUGGAGCAGAAAGGCCAGCUUGUGCCUGGAACAACAGUGCCAGACGGUAGUAUGCAAGUGGCCCGUCGUCUCCUGGAGCUGGCCGGUGACUCCCUGAGCUCCAUCUGAAGUGCGCUCGGCUCGUCCUGUGUCCGGGUCCGAAAGCGACAAGAGACCAUUUUUGUGAGCGCCGUUGAGGUCGCCAGCAAACACACCCUGUUCAGGAGGCCCGAGGUGUGCGUGAUCAGUCGCAUAGCAUCUGUGUGACCAUCG